CUCGCCGACAGUGGCCAAUAGGACAAGAACCGAGGUGCACAAAUGAGAGGAACUGUCGCAGUAAUCUUGCGCGCUUGAAACGCGUGGCGCCUUGUGUGUGGUGCAGAACUUUGUGCUCGACGAACGUGCGAUCAAGUGUUCCAUCCAACACAGCUGGCCUGCCCUUCCAAAGCUACUUCAGACCAUCUGCCGUCGCUCCUUAUGCUCGUCUGACCAGGCUCGCGCUUACUCCAUUUUCUGUCUCCGGAGCCCUUCCUCUGUUUACCCCACACUCGCCUCUACUCUCGAUAUUCCGCGGUCGACCAUGCACCAUCUCCGGGACAUUUUGCUCUUGCUCUUUGUUUUUGGCGGCCUGCGCGACGUGCUGUGCGCGCCGUCACAGGUCCCGCUCAGCGUCGCUGACGUCGCAGAAGCUACGAAACCCCGCAAGCUCCAUGGCCGGUUCUUGCACCUCACGGACGUUCAUCCGGAUCCACACUACCGUGAGGGCAUGUCCGAGAAAUCCGCGUGCCACAGGAAGAAGCCCAAGAAGAAACCGCGCUCUGGGCCGUUUGGGUAUACGUACGGGGAUUGCGACUCCCCGCUGCUGCUCACCAACUAUACGCUCGAUCACUUGGAGAAGAAGUGGGCGGACGAGGUCGAUUUCGUAAUUUGGACUGGGGACAGCGCAAGACACGACAAUGACCGCAAGCUUCCUCGAACGUUGAAGGAAAUAUAUGCUCUGAACCGUGCAAUGGCGAAGAGAAUGGAAGAGAUCUUCACAAGUAGAGGGAUACCAGUUAUCCCUAGCAUAGGCAAUAAUGACGUUUGGCCUCACAAUAUCAUGAUGCCAGGCCCUAACGAUGUUACGUCCGAGUUCUCUAGUAUCUGGAAAUCAUUUGUGCCAUUCCAUUCGUACCAGGUUUUCCAGCGGGGCGCCUAUUAUUCAGUCGAGGUCAUCCCCGACCAGCUGGCAGUCAUCAGUCUCAAUACGAUGUACCUCUUUGACUCGAAUUCAGCCGUGGGAGGCUGCGAAGCUAAGGAUCCAGAGGAUCCUGGGAACUUGCAGCUCGAUUGGAUGGAGGUUCAGCUUCAAUCGUUCCGAAGUCGUGGUAUGCAGGUGUGGAUCAGUGGGCACGUUCCGCCAUCCGCCCGUAACUUUCAUUCAGAAUGCCACCUUCGAUACGUCGAGUUGUCUCUACGGUACCAAGACACGGUUCUGGGGCACCUUUUCGGACACAUGAAUGUGGACCACUUCUUCUUCCUUGACGCUCGGACACUCGAGAGCGACGGCUCGAUGGAUGGUGGCAGCGCGCAUACCUCGGGCAAGCACAAGGAUCUGUACGCCACACUGCUGAAGGACUUCGACCACCUGUACAAGACAGAGAAAGACCUGGACUAUGACGGUAUCGCUGUUGUGAACGUCGCUCCGUCGGUCGUCCCGAGCCCGUACCUGCCUUCCUUUAGAAUAAUCUCCUACAACAUCACGGGUUCGCGAUAUGUACCUGGCCUUCUCGGCGAUAGUGACACCGGUUCCGGAGAUAAUCACCAGCAUUACCUUGGUGAUUUCAUGGAUCGGGAGAGGCUCUGCCAGGGCUCAAGUUCAUUCAAUGAAUCGUGGCGCUGCAGGCUUAACAGCCCGUGGCACUCGAGUCCCCACUCGCCGUCCCGAACGAAUAGACUUUUCACACCUCUAGGCUACGCACAGUACUACAUACCGAAUCUGACGGGCACGGAGGAGCAUCCACCAAAAUGGAAGCUCGAGUACCUGACAUUCGCGCCACAGGCCUUACAUCCGCCGGCCGCGGCGGAUGAGUUCGAGACGCAGAAGGAUUCAUUCGUCUACCCGAUCCCGCUGAAGCGGUUGCCCAAGAAGUUGCGGGAUGCGAACAUGACCUCGACCAAGUAUGCGCCGUAUUCGUUGCAGGACCUCACAAUUCCGUCGUGGACAGCGCUCGCCCGCUCGCUGGCCAAAGCGGGGAAGAGCUCGAAGCUUCGGCGGCGGUUCCGCAGCUACAUGUAUAUGGGGGCUGACGAAGAGUUGUAGGAGUAGACUGUUAUCGCACACGCUGUACCUGGCACUGUCAUUAAAUUAUUUGCACGCUUUU